CGCACUUGGGUCAGCAAGGGGGACCACUGGCUCAGUGAGCUCCUUAGGUUUCCCAGUUUAAUUUUAAACUCCAGGUAAAUAUCACAGGUAACCCACCAUGAAGCUGGUCACUGUGUUCCUGCUGGUGACCAUCGGCAUUUGCAGUUACUCUGCCGCCGCCUUCCUCAUCAACAGCUUGCCACAUCCCGUGAACGGGGACUUGCCUUUGCCUCUGGAUGCUCUCCCACUCCUGUACCCACUUAAGCUUCUUCUGAAAACUCUGGGCAUUUCCGUUGAGCACCUUAUGGAAGGGCUGAAGAAUUGUGUCAAUGAACUGACACCAGAGGCUUCCGAGUCCGUGAAGAAACUGCUGGAGGCGCUCUCAUAUUUGGUGUGAUGGCAGAAAAAGCAAGAGUGGGGGAGGGAGGGAGGGAGAUGAUGCUCCCCUCUCCCUCCCCCUGCAGAAACUCUUUCCAUCCUAAAAUGUAGCAGCCCCC